CAUCGAUGACAACCUAUACUCGUCAUAAAGAUCGAGCAAAAAAAGCAACACCAAACCGGCCAUGGCGUCCAAGAAUCAUGCUGAUCUCGAGUCCCAGAAGCUCGCGCCGCCAGCGUCGGCUACAGCAACACCCUCGCCAGCUUCUGGUAGCUCAGUGGAGAGAACCUCAGGCUCCGUUGUCGACGCUCACCGUGUGGCGCCAGAGACCCAGCCGCUCCUGGCUCAGUCGAACAGCGACGGCGGGGCCAGGGACGCCGAGGCGACACGGCGGGAGCGUGCAAUGGCCAAGGCGUUCCGGAGCACCGCGGAGCUGGCCAAGCACCUGCCUACCGGCGCCGUGCUCGUCUUCGAGGUGCUGUCGCCGGUGUUCACCAACGGCGGCAAGUGCCAGAACGUGAACCGUGUCAUGACGGCCUGGCUUGUGGGGCUCAGCGCUGCGGCGUGCUUCUUCCUCUCCUUCACGGAUAGCUUCCUCGACGCCAGGGGAACCGUGAGGUACGUGGUGGCCACGCGCACCGGCUUGUGGGUCAUCGAUGGUACGCCACCACCGUCGCCCGAGGAAGCCGCCAGGAAAAGGCUCAAGUUCAUCGACUUCAACGCGUUCCUGUCGUUCAUCGUCUUCAUGUCCGUGGCCAUGUUCGACAGGAACGUCAGCGCGUGCUUCAACCCGGUCAUGUCUUACGACACGCAGCAGGUGUACAACGCUGUGCCGCUUGCCGGAGGGUUGGUCGGGACGCUGCUCUUCGCCAGGUUCCCGUCGACACGGCACGGGCUCGGGUUCCCGUUUCCCCCGCCGCCUGAGACCGAACGGAUUCUUGCCGUGAAUUAUCAGCUGAUUUCCCUGUGUCGUGUCUCCUGUUGUCAGAUGUUUGUAUAUCAUUGCUUGGGAUAUUCCCAGACGUGCAUUGUCUGCAUUUUUAGUUUGCGUAUAAGUAGAGUGCACGUAUAUUGCAUGAUUAAUUUCAGUGUUCCACGCUUGGCUUAUUAUUAACUCUUGAAGAAUAUUCAGUGGAUUUGAGAGGAAUUUGGGA